AUGGCCCUCAGUAAGAUGAUUAAACAAAUUGAGAUCAAGUCUGACGGGGAUGUGUUUCAUGAGCUCAUUAGGCACAAGCCGCACAAUAUAUCUAGUAUUAGCCCUGAUAAAAUUCAAGGUUGUGAUUUACAUGAAGGCGAAUGGGGAACUGUAGGCUUUGUCAUCGUCUGGAAAUACACACAUGAGUGUGUUGCUAAAGACAUAAUUGAAGCCAUAGAUGAAGAGAAGAAGUCAGUCACAUUAAAUGUGAUUGAAGGAGAUCUGAAGGAGUUGUACAAGACCUUUCUCUCAACUGUUCAUGUUGACAAACAUGGUGUGAACAACUUGGUGACAUGGACCUUCGAAUACGAGAAGCUGAAUGAAGAUGUACCAGAUCCGGACACAUUGAUGGACUUUUCUGUUAAUCUCACGAAAGAUAUCGAGACUCACCACCUCCAAGCACCAAAGGCAGAUGUUCAUUAA